AUGAUCUGUGCUGAUCGGUUGGUGGACGAAGUACUUUACGGGUCUGUUCUCCAAGAAGAAGCAACCUUUGUCUCUAGAGUCCAGGAGAUUGUCAAAAGCCUCUAUGACGUCUCUGAUGAGAUACCGGUGGAGCUCGCGACGGGAUUUCCGAUGCUUAGCCACGACGUGUCUUUGAGAAUCUCGGGGGCGCUUCACCUGAUAUUCUACCACGCCCUUUUGCUCACGAUUCGGCCUGUUAUGCUUCACAUGGCUCAGCUAAUCCUGAGCGGAAAGGCACCACGCUCGGAGACGUUGUACGCUUCGCCCAUUGGAAAGCUAUGCAAAACGUGCACAGAAGCCGCGAGAAGACUGUUGGAAGUACUCAUGACUCUACGCCAGCACAAAUUCAUCACGCUUUUCGGAUUCUUUGACCUUGACGGCAUGUCUUUUGUCGCGUUCAUAAUGAUACUCACUGAGGUGUUGGACUCGGUAUGUCCAGACGACCAGAGGAUCAACCCAGCCCCGGGCCUGGGAGAAGCCUUGGGCCUGAUGGAGCACGUAGCCAGCUACGGCAACAGAUUCGCCCAGCAGUCUUUGGACGAGAUUCGGAAGACCUGGGCCCAGCUGUGUACUCGCUUCAACAUUACAAUAUCAGACAGGCUCGCCGAGUGUGCCCCCCGAAGCCCUCGCCCCGAGAAUGAGGGCGGCCAUGGUUCGAAUAUUGGUCGGACGGCGAAUCUUAGCAAUCCACUCAUCUUGCCGCACAUGCAAUACCCGCGCCGGACAUCCUUGCGUGACGAGCUCAUGUCUGGUCUCGACCGUUCCUCGCUUGAUGUCGAUCAAAACGGCACGCAAUCCAUUCUGGCGGACCUAGACAUUCGGGACAUGAAUUAUCUGUGGACGCCGCUGCUUGAGGACGAGGUGGCGCCUCAGGAAGGAGGUGCUGCAACGGCAAGCGCUGCAAGCUUCUACCAGAAUCUUUAUGGGAAUCCGCCAUGGCAGUUCACGGGAGAGGGAAUGGAGGACUUUGCGGAGUUUGGCCGUCACAUUCUCAACGAGUACUGCAAGGACUUGACUUGA